AUGACUCCAGGCUUUGGCUUUAGCGUGGGCGACUUCAUCACUGCCAUAGAGCUUUGUAAUAAGGUAGCGAAGGCCCUCAAGGACUCCGGAACAGCAGCAGCUGAAUAUCAGCAUGUCAUCCUUGAGUUACAAGGUUUACAAAAUGUCCUCACCCGUCUGGCGGCGCUUGAGCCAACGGAGAGCAACAGUCAACAAGUCAACGCCAUUCGAGGAGCUGCGCUGGCCAGCGUUCUCGUUUUACAAGAAUUCUUGUCGAAACUGGAGAAGUUUGAGACCUCAAUGUCACCCUUUGCUGCUAAGAAGACUCUGACCAUGAGCCGAGCUGGAAAGCAAACGCAGUACGCGCUGUUCAUGGCUGAUGAAGUCAAGAAGAUGCGCGCCGUCAUUUACGGCAAUGUCAUUCGCAUCAAUGUAUUGCUCGCUACUCAUGCCUCGGAAAGUUUGUCCAGAACAGAAAGCAAGCUGGCAAACCAAGGUCAAGCUUUGAGCCAGGGGUUCCAAGAUGCGAAGGACGAUAUGGUCCAAAUCAUCAACGAAGUUGCGCAAUCAAAAGAGGAAACAAUUGCCUACUGGGAAAAAGCACAACGAGACGCGAUGGAAUCUGCGGACCAAAUGCAGGAGAUUUCAAACAAGGUCGAGACCAAUGCUUCUGCUCUGACACAGCGAAUCUCAAGCUUGUCUAUCGCGCUUAGUUCUCUUGCGAAGUCAGUAUCUGGUGCCCGUGAUCUCAGCUCACAGAUUUUAUCACUGCUGCGUAUGAUACCAGCGGAACUUGGGGGUCUCAUUCAAACUGUCAUGCGUUCGAAUGCCAGGAUUGAAUCAACCCUACUCAGCAUGGAACAGAAAUUGGCAGCUUCUCCGUCUCUGUCACUUGAAACAAACAUAAGAUUGGAAGACGCACUUGGAAGGAUCCAUGCUGACAUACCCUACGAGUGGUUUCAAUACUGGGAGACCUUUGAGGGCUUAUUGAAGGCUAGAUUCAAGGACACACCUGGGCGUCAGAAGAUCGAAAACGGAGAUUUUCGCCUCGUACACGCGAAACGCAAUUCAGUCUCCCUCGACAAGGACUCAUGGUCUGGGUCUAUAACUCCGGGCGCACAGAUCGUCAUGCUCAUGCUCAUAAAGAACGUUGUUUUUCGGAAUUCUUCAUGUCCAAGGCGAUCAUGCACAGCCAAAAUCGAAACUCAAGUCGGUAUUGCAACCCUAGUGACUUGUCCGGAAUGCGGUCUGCGAUUUAUCCCUCAAAUGACCCCUGCCGGUUCCGCUGAUGCAGACGAAGUCGCAAGGAUUCAACGCACCGAGGAUUCUAAACUUUUUGGGAAGAGUGCUGCGGGUGAAGAAGUAGAAAGUUCGGGUAUCUCGCGACAGAUCCUGGAUAUCACAGAGGAUAUUGAGAUGAUAGAUGUUUCUGGCAAUGACCAGGCGGAUUCAUCCUCAAUUAGACGUCCACGAGAAUCCAUCCACAAGACAGCGGUCACUGGUACACUAGCGGAUAUUGAAAAAGCUGUCGGCUCAGCCUCUCCUUCCCCUCAAACUCCGGCGAUAUUUUCCUGGUUGACACAUACUGUGCCUCCCAAGGACCCCGGCGCUGUUCGACAAUGGCGUGAUGCUGCCGAAAAUGAGCAUUUAGAAGUCCAAGAGCGUGAGGCCAGCGACUUGGAGGUGUUUCGCAACGUUCAGAUCGUGACACCAGCGGAAGUAGGAGCGCCAAUCUUGACCGGCUUUACUGCAGAUCAAUCAGAUGAAAUUGGUCUUGAAUUCGGUGCUCAGAUUUAUUACCGCAACAUGCUUGACAGAUAUCCUAAGAUGGAUGACUUCCUCGCUCGCCGCUUAGCCAUAGGAAAUUUGCAGAGGCAGCAGCGGUUGACAAAGAUGCAGAGGGAGGCAGAACAAGCGAAAAUCCGAGCAGCUUCUCGGGACAAUGCUCCAGAAGGCAUAAGGAAACGGAAAAUACGUCGUUCAAGAACACAAACAGAGACUGUGGAUGCAGACGUUGAUGGCUGGGAAGAUGUUGUGGCGGAAUUUGAGGAGCCGCCAGAGUCACCGAUGAGACCACAUUACUUAUUCGAUCACAUAACGAACCCUGAACAUUGGACACUUCCCUCGGAUUGGUUGCCGGGGCCUUUGCCAGGGCAAUUUCCAGGCAUGGAGGACCUUUCAUUCGAUCAGUGGCUCACUAACUCAGCUCCUUAUGAGACAUGGAAGCCCAUCAUGAUCAAAGAAAGAAGAUUCUGCAGACUUCCACCUUAUCGCCCAGAUCUUAAAGAGCCCAGCAACACGUCUGGCUCAAUUUUAUGCUAUCUUUGCCACUCUCGGGUGCAUAUCCCAACAAAGCAGAGUUGGAGGAACCACGUUAUGUACGACCUACAACCAUACAUGUGCCCUUAUCGGUGUUGCACGGAUGCCACUACCAUGUUUUCUAGCAGAACAGUUCUUUUGUGCCAUAUAAAGCAACACUCGGAUAUUUCUGUUCCUAACACAACAAACGAGGGGUCUCAGUGCCCAUUCUGCGACGUACGCAAUCUUCCGAGCCCAUUGGAGAGAGGAAGCCGCCAAUACAUCAAGCAUAUCGGACACCAUAUGGAAGAAAUAGCCUUUGGUGUUGUAAGCACAGAACAUGAGACGUGGUCGUACGACGAGUCAGGAUCGGAUGAGGGGCCACUCAAAUCUGGGGAGCAUCAGUUUUCUCGCGAAGGGAACCAAUCAUAUUUAAUGCAUCCUGGCAACAACAUAUCUGGACCCAGAGACGACCACCCAUAUGCACCCCCUUCAGCUGAAGUGUCCGAGUGGCAGUUCUGGCCGGAGCUGCAACUCGCGCGACCGGCCGAUUUUUGCUAUGAGCAGGACGAGACUGAAAAGAAAACGGACUUCUGGACUGGGACAAUGAGGGCAGCUUCGCCGGCCUCAAGUGCGAAUUCAGGGUUAAGAGAUCCUUACCAUGCCGACCAUUUCAGUGCUGGGUCAGCCGACGCAGAAUCCCACGGUCAUCCAUACAGGUAUUCCGCAGCAAGCGCAAGCUCUCCAACAAGGGGCAGGACGGCAGUGAUUGGAAAGCAUUCAAAGGCUCGUACGGACAAGGCCACAGACGUGAAGCGAGUUGGUCGACGGAAAGGCCCUCUGCGACCUGACCAGAGACAACAGGCUCGCGAAAUCCGAAAACUACGAGCUUGUCUCCGGUGUAAGUUUCUGAAGAAGACGUGCGAUAAAGGUGAUCCUUGCGGUGGGUGCAAUCCAAGCCAUGCUCGCCUAUGGCUAGUUCCUUGUACGCGGCUAGACAUCAAAGACCUGGGAUAUUUUCUCAAAAACUGGAAGGUAGAUUACGAAAGGCAUGUCACUUUGGGCUUCAGUGUCGGAAACAUCAAAGGGUUUUCCGAUGCUGAACAGACCGUUUUGUUUACGCAUGGCUACGGUCAUUAUUUCCCAUUGGAUGUUCGUGAAGUCUGGCUGAGAGACGACAGAGUUCUUGGAGUUGAUUGGCUCGAAACUAAGCGAACUGAAGUCGGGGAUGCCAGCAAUGAACAUUUUGAAAUCGACACAGCCAGUCUAAGCUGUGGUACGGAGGGCGUCAGCAUGGAUCGUGUUCUGGGAUACUUGCAAAGCUACAUUGAUGGAGACUUCGAACUCUUCAUAGAUGAGUAUUUUGAGGGAACGCCCUUCCUGACUGAAUGCCUAAAGACAACGCACCGCUAUUACUUGAAGGAUCGAUCGGCCGUUCUUAAGAAGGCACUCCUACUAAUACUCGCAUAUAGCCUGACAUUGAGCUUGACCCUGAUGCUAGAUGACCCCGAGGGCAUGUUGAUCCCUGGUCGUGUUCGAGAUCCUACCAGCAGACUUUGCGGACAAAUUGCGGCUCCAGUCAUGGUCAAUUUUCAGAUCAAAACCUGCCUCGCCGACAUCUGGCGUGAGAUUCACAAGGAUUUGUUGGAGGAACUUGGUUCACUCUAUAGUGCGGUGUACUCUGGUGAUAAAUUGAAGAAUUGGGACAAGAUAUUCUUCGCCACCCUGGCUAUCCUGGUCGUUUGGGAAGAAAUGCAGUUUGACUGUCACUACCGGAUCCCAGACCACCCUGUCGUUGACAAAUUUUGCAGCGAUAUGGAAGCAACCCCUGUUGGUGUUUUGACAAAUCUGUUUUGCGCCAUUUCGACAAAAGUGCCGCGCUUCGAAGAGUGGGACACUCAUCAGCAUGCGCAUCUUUUCCCAAACCGUUUUGCACUACAUGAUGCUUUGACGGAUGUGAGGACGCAUGUUGUCAAACAUGAGGGCUUCCUGCGCUCCAGGCUGAGAGAUACGAAGUUCGACUGCAACGACUUUGACUCGCUAUCGAACAAAUUCCUCUCGAGACUGGUCUUGCGAGAACCUAUGGCAUCGGGAGAACUUGAAUAA